AUGGGUGAGCUCCUCCUCCUCCGUCCCGCAAAUGUUCUCUGGUCUCUCCGUGCAGGCGAACCUUUCCGAGUCGUCUCUCUCUCUCUCUCUCUCUCUCUCUCUCUCUCGGCGGCACAUUGUUCUGCUUGCGCAGGGCGAUACAAGCACGUGUCGGAGCUAUGGAGGAGGAAGCAGUCGGACGUGAUGCGCUUCGUGCAGCGCGUGCGCUGCUGGGAGUACAGGCAGCCGGCCAUCGUUCGCCUCACCAGGCCCACCCGCCCCGACAAGGCCCGCCGCCUCAGCUACAAGGCCAAGCAGUACAACCGUGUCCGUGUGAGGCGUGGUGGCAGGAAGAGGCCUGUGCCUAAGGGUAUUGUGUAUGGCAAGCCCAAACACCAGGGUAUCACCCAGCUCAAGUUCCAGAGGAACAAGCGGUCUGUUGCUGAGGAGAGAGAUGGACGUAAGCUUGGUGGUUUGAGGGUUCUUAACUACUACUGGGUGAAUGAGGAUAGUACCUACAAGUACUUUGAGAUCAUCCUUGUGGAUGUUGCCCACAAAGCCAUCAAAACCGACCCAAGGAUCAACUGGCUAUGCAACCCCGUGCACAAGCACCGUGAGCUCCGUGGCCUCACUUCCGCAGGCAAGAAGUUCCAUGGUCUGCGCGGCAAGGGCCACACCCACCACAAGAACAGGCCCUCCAGGAGAGCCACCUGGAAGCGCAACCAGACCCUCUCCCUCCGCCGCUACCGCUGA